AUGAAUCUCACUGCACUUUUUUUAAUUUGGAUCUUUGAAAGUUGUGCCUGUUCCGAAAAUUUUGUGGAUCGCCUUUUUGAAAACUAUAGCUCAAUGAUUAAACCAAGAAAAAAUCAAAGUGAAGUGGUACAUGUUAAUUUCUAUUUUACUAUUAAUUCGGUUCAAGAAGUUGAAGAACGUAUGCAAUAUAUAUCAUUCUUCGGUUGGUUCAAUGUUCAGUGGUAUGACGAAUUUCUCACUUGGAAUCACACUCAAAAUUCCGGUUUAGAAAUGAUUACUGUCCCCUAUCAGAAACUGUGGACCCCAGACAUAUCAAUGUGGUAUACUGAAAAAGGUAUCCAUGGAUUGGAACCACAUCCAUACGUCACAGUGAGUUCUAAUGGUCACGUGACCUGGUAUCCUGGCGGGAAAAUCAUACUUUCCUGUGACAUCAAAGUUUCGAGAUUUCCGUUUGAUGAGCAGCAAUGUGAAAUAAUUGUUAGUGCUUGGCAGGUAACUGACUGGGUCCAAAAACUUGUUCCAAAAUCAAGAACAGAUGAUGAUUCAAAAAUCAUAUCUCAAAAUGGAGAAUGGAUAUUUGUUAAAUUUACCUUUACAAUAGUGUACGAACCAGAAUUUCAUUUAACAACAGUGGUGUAUGUUCUUCAUUUCAUCAGAAGAUACCUUUACAUCGUAUUGACUAUUUUUGUUCCCAUAAUAAUACUAGCUGUUCUAAACUCACUGACAUUCUUUGUUCCAGUCCAUUCAGGGGAGAGAAUUACCUACAGCCUAACGCUUUUUCUGACCUUUACUGUAUUUUUAACCUUAUUCGAGGAAACGAUGCCAAGAAAUUCUACCGAUGUACCAUACCUCACGAUAUACGUAGGAUUCCAUUUACUCCUUUGUGUAAUAAGUACGAUCAUUUCUGUUUUGUUGAAACCUAUCAUUAAGCCAAUUACUCAUCAUGAUCAAGCCCCAAACACUGAGAUGGAAACAAAGGAACAACAAACUGAGAAUGAAAGGAGUAAUGAAAAUGAUAAACCCCUCGAAUUUGAUGAACAUGAUGUAGAGGAAGGCAGAAAUCUUUGUGGAUAUCCUCAGUUUUAUAAAAAGAUUGACAAAUGCAUGAUUUUGUUUAAUAUAACUGCAUUAAUUUCUUCAACGGUAAUAUUAUUCAUUUUCUAUUACAUAUGA